AUGUUUCGAUGCAUUCACUUUCUAUUGGCACUCCACAUAUGCUUGCUCCAUGGCCAAGUCUUGGCCGUGGCACCUGAAGGCCGGAAAGGCCGGGAAGGGUUGGGACCCAGGGUGAUGCUGAGCGUCAUCACACGCAACCGCUUCUGGCGGCAUGCGCUGUCAACCUUGUCUUUGCGGGCCUCGGUGGAGAAUGCACAGCAGGAGCUUCCGGACCUUUACCUCGAGUGGCACCUGAUUGAUGAUGCAAGCGCAAGCAAGUCUUCGGACGGCAAGCAGUCCAUGAUCCAGGAAUUGGUUGAAGCUGGGGAGAUUAGAAAUUUUACGAGGAUGUCCCGGCACCUGGGAACUGUUCGAGUCCUGGCCAUGGCUGUUGAAACGUUUCUCAGCAGAGCUGACCUUGACUUCUUUCUUCACUGCGACGACGAUAUCUUAAUGGGCCGGACAACGGUGGCACGUGCCCUGAGGGACUAUAUGACUGAUGUAACCGAAGGUGGGGUUUUGGCGCUUUUUGUGAACUCCUGGCUGGAUGACCAGCUAUCUCAUGCAGAUCCAGCAUUUGGACCCUAUGCAGUGGCCCCGUUCCUCGGUGGUGCUGCUUACAUCGUAGAUCGCAAGACUCUGACUGUGAGCGGAAACCCCUGGGCACAGGCGAUUGCCAGCAACAGUCGGAUAACACCCCACGAGGCACAUGUUUUCUGGCUUAGGCAGUUGCUGCCUUCCCGGGGUCAUCGGAUCUGGGUGAGGUGGAAGCAACCUUACGAGUGUCAGCACUUGGGGAAUGUGAAUACACUUAACUUCGGGAAGCAGCCUGAGUGGGAGCCCAUGUGGGCUAUCGACCACGAGUCGAAGCGUAUCGUGGAAGUUUCCGGCUACAACUCCGCUGACGUUCGUGCUGCGCUUUGGAACGACCGCCGGCUUCUGCCCGACUAUGUUGGCUUCCAGAAUGCGAAGAUGCGAAAGCCUCUAAGCUCACUAACGCCGCUCGCCUCCACGGCAAGCUCCGCAAGCUCCGGGGCCUGGUCUCCCUGGGCCUACCGCAGGCGUCACCUCAACUAUUUGGAGAUCGGAACAGCUGACUUCGACACCCUGCUUUCUCGGCAUGUUUGGCGGGAGGACGUCCAAGGAAUCUCGGUCGAGCCGCUGCGGACCUACUUCGAUAGGCUGCCAUCCCAUGGAGGUGCCAGCAAGCUCCUGCUGAACGUGGCCGUGAGUGACUACGACGGUUUCGAUACGCUCUACUUCGUUCAGCCGGAGCUGGUCGGGCCGCACCGAGGGUCUGAGAACCUCUGCGACCAGGCGCUGGUGUCGAAGCUGGGCCUCGACGAGUGCCUUCCAGGAUGGGUCCGGGGCACUUCGUCCCUGAAGAGACCGCCUGAGGGGGUCCGCCAAUGGCUGGGCAAGCGGGCCAUGGACGUGAUGGGAAGGGUGCAGGUUCCUUGCAUGACCUACGAGACCUUGCUAACAGUGUAUGGCAUCGGUUCCCUGGAUAUACUGAAGAUAGAUGCCGAAGGCUUCGAUGCCAAGAUCUUGCGCCAGGUCCUCGAGCUUGGACGCAACCGGGGACUCUGGCCAUGGCAGGUGCAGUUUGAGAAGAACAUUCUGUCGGACUGGGAGAUGUUGGAUGCGCAGGUCAUCGAACUACACCGGGAAGGAUACCGCUGCUUGGACUCCGAGCCGCUGGACGAUGCUAUGGAGCUGCGGACUUUGCGGCGAGAGGAUGUAUUGAGUAAACCGGAGGCCGGCCCUCCACUUGAUCCGCCUUUACCAGUCGCCGUCGGCAUGGCAGACGCUCCGGAAGCUCCCGAGCCCGAAGGCACCGCAUCACUGCUGGAGCGCGGCCCUUUGCCAGGUGAGGGUCAGAGUGAGGCUUCGGCGGCUUCGCGAGGUGAUGUCCCUACAGCCACCACCCGGAUGGAUGGCGAGGCGAUCCCCUACAGGGAGGAGCUGGAGGCCGAGUGCGAGGUUCUUGAAGCGGCGGCGCAAUCCUUGAAGCUCUCGCAUCAAAGCUCGCACCUGACGGAGCUCGUGUCUGAGGGCCCAGGCCGGCCUUCCUUGUCCGAGAAGCCGGAGGCCGGCCUGGCCUGGGAGGCCGCGGAGGUGGGUGAGCUGGUCCCCACCUCCGCGAUGCAGCACGAUGCGGGUCACAGCUCCGCAGGUGUCCAGGAAGUGAAAGCAGGCACGUUGCAGGACUCCGUGAGCAGUCCUGCUCACUCAGCCGUCACAACUCCUGCUACGAGCGGCUACCAGACUCUGUCCAAGGGAGUGGAUCCAGUUGAGGUGGCCUGUGAUCCCGUGCCCGGUGCAGUCUUCACAGCAGAGGAUGAGGCUGUGAUGGGCUUGAAGCGGCGUGGAGGUGUGGAGGUUGUCGUGGAGCCCCCCCGCGUGAAGGCAACGAGCGCGAUCCAGCGUGAGCCUCUCUCGGCACGCUCGGCGCGGUCCCGGGAAGGCGACUCGGGCGACCCUGACCCGCCAAGCAGCGAACCUCGCAAGCCGAGCUCCGGCCACUCGGGCGAUCGCUCGGGCGACCCAGCGCCAACAAACUCCCUGGGGCUGCGAGGCGCACCUGCGCCAAUGGUCGCCCGGCCGCAUGCGCAAGGCAGGCCUCCCAGGCAGCCCGCAACUCCGGCGGGCUCUGGUAGCACGGAGUCAGAGCAGCCGAGCCUCCCGCGCAGGCGCACACCUUCCCUGGGGCGAAGACCCAGCUUGCCGAAGGCCGACUCUGCCAGACGAAGCUCCUCAGCAGGUCGGUCUGGCAACCGGAAGUUGGUGCGGAACGCCCUUGAGAAGUACUGCCUUAAGGGCGAUGCCAACCGAGAACAGCGUGAACUCGUGCUCAAAUCCUUCGAUGAAGAUCUGGAGAGGUUUGAUCGCUUCAUCAUUCUCUUCCGGAGCAUUCACACUGGACGGCAUGAUCUCCGAGCGCUCUAUGGCUUUUCAGAGGGAAGCUGGUCUCGCGUGCUGCAGAUCCUGCCCUCUCCUGCGUCCCUGGAGGAACGCAUGGUUGUGCAGUGCCUGAGAUACGACUCCGGCGGCAAGGACGAUCUAUCUAUUUCUCUCUCUCUCUCUCUCUGUGAUAUCGCUCGGAUGCGCAAGAGCACAAGUGCUUGGUCUGCCUUAGAUGCGAAAUGUUGCUCUUCCUUGGCACGGCACUGCCCUUACUCCUUCUCAAAGCUGCAGAUGCAGGAGUUCAAAGAGGUGCCCGCGUCGCAAGAGCCGCUGUCAGUGGCGGAUGCAGCUGGCAUCCCAGAAUCCCGAACUGUGCCUCGUUGCGCCCUGAGCUGUGCUGAGGUCUUCUUGCAUCCACAAUUCUUGCAAAGGUCUCGGGUGGUCGUGCCAUGA